AUGAUUUUAGGGUUUGUGGUUUUGUUUGAGAUUAGGGGUGAAGAUGAUAUAGUGGAGCUCUUAUGGAAGAGUGGCCAAGUAGUUCCAAGCAGCCAGCAGACACAGAGACCCUCCUCCGGUCCUCUACCCAUUCUCCGCGGCAGCGGAAGCGGAGAAGGAAAUGCUCCUCUACCGCAGCCUCCACCUCCCCUGCAUCAUCAUCUCUUCAACCAAGAAGACGAAAUGGCUUCUUGGCUUCACCAUCCUAAUCGCCAAGAUUAUUUCUAUUCCGGCGUCUCCAUGACACCGGCUACUCUCCCCCAAAGAAGUUCGGCCUCCAUGGCACUACCACCACCUAGUUCUCAGUACAUUAUGACGCCGGAGAGACCCACCGGUCAAGUUUUGGCCGUGAGAAGGGCGGAGAAUUUUAUGAAGUACUUCUCGAGUUUAAUAGGGAUCAUAUUUACCGGCGGUAGAGAUGAACCUGGACCGUCCAUGCAGAUGAGCUCGAGUGCGACCCCGUCGUCUUUUGCAAUUGGAUCAUGUGUAAUACCAGCGACGGCUGAGGGCACCAAGAGUCGAGUGUCGCCCACUUUUGCAGUUCCUAGUCGUCGGAACGAAAAGGUGGCUAUUGAGACAACGUUCUGUGAGACGAUCGCCGAAACAAAACCGAUUCAGAUACAACCAGCUACAGAAAUUGCCGAAGACAGGAAGCAAAAGGGAAGAGAAGAAACCAAUGCCGAAAUCCAGGUGAGUCAUAGGCUCAUAGCUCCAUUAAUAGGCUCACUUGCGCACUCAUGACUCAUGUAUAUGAUAGUUGAUGACAGAAGAAC